AUGUCCUUUAAACGCGCCUUAGUUCCGCGCGCGCGCCCCACGUGGGCGCCCCACGCAGCUGGCGAGGUCGCGGGUUCGGGACCCGACCCGGAAGCCGAGGCCGCGGCCCGAAGACGUCACCGCCUGCGGCCCGAAAUAGAGACGCGAGCGCACGGAAAGUGCCCUCUGGGCCCCUCUGGGCCCCUGGGGGCACCGCGCCGCCCCGCGCCGGGAGGACGACUCAGCCGGAGGCGGCGGCGCCGCGGCGGAGACGGCGAACACGACGGCGGCGGAGAAUGGCCUCCGACGGUGGUAGAGACGGCGGCCACGGCGCCUGCCACAACGGCCACAUCAAGCUGA